AUGCUUUGCAACCGAGUCGUAGUACGAGAACUGGCUUUAACGUCCGCCUAUCAACGAGGAAGACGUCAGAUUCCCUCAGCAACAAACCAACUUUCUUUCGAUGAACGACCCCAUAGGAAGCCUGAAGGUGACUUGACAGGGAUUACGGCUGAACAGAUCGCCCUCCAGAACCAUAUUGAGGCGCUUCAGCCUUCAGCCGCAGCAACAAGCUUUGUACCCGCAGCAGCUCGCUUCGAACCAGGUCCUCUCGCUGCGAACUCCAGGAUUGGUCCCAAACAGGCACAGGCGCGUCCAAAGCCCAUUACUAACCGACAUGGGUGGAAACUUAGUUCGCUCCAUCCAUUCGGUACUUUGGCUGAAGAGCUUGGUCCCAUUGGAGACAUCGAAGUGGAAACCAGUGCUUUGUUGAAGGACUGCAACUUCCCUACAGGGGAGUUCUCAGACGGCGUUCUCAAAUGCCUGCUUCCUACACCCUGGACAUGUGAGCUGACCAUACCAUAUACAGCGUCCCAGAGAGGGAAUUUGAGGCUCGGAAGGAUCUUCGUGAAAAAGCGCAUCUUUACUAUUGAUCCUGAGUCUGGAAAGGACCUUGAUGACGCACUGUCCAUUGAAGCCAACGACGAUAUCACUUAUGACGUGGGCGUGCGGCACGUCGCUUACGUCGCUUACUUCGUCAAGCCUAACGCUGCUCUUGACCGCGAUGCUCGCAAGAUGGCAACCAGCGCGCCCGAAGAGGCGCGCAGUCUUAACCCGGGUGUUGAACGUCUGACAUCCUCGGCCGUCUUCGCCAUGACCAAGGAGGGCAAAAUCGUCAACAAGUGGUUGGGCAAGACCGUUAUCAAAUCUUGCGUGAAACUGUCAUAUACCGACGCUCAGAAAGCUAUCGACGGUCACAUUCUGGGCGAUCUCGUGGUCGCUCCGGAACGCAGUACAUUAGCGAUCAUCCAUGACCUCAAGGUCCUGAAUGGUCUCGCAAAGCAGCUUCGUGCUGCACGCACUUCAGUGUUAAACGUGCCAACUACCGCUUCCGCAAACGAAAUACGGGAACGCUACAGAGCAUUGUCUGUAAUUUUUCGCCCCGAUAAGCAAAGCGGGGAACGGACAAGGGACACUGCAGCUGUGGAAUUCCUUGAAAUUCAGAAGGCUUACGAAGUUUCGUCAGACCCUCUUAUUCGUCUUGACAGAUACAAAGUGUUGAAUGACAAGAUUAAUCUCAAAUUCACAAGUCGCCUGGGACCAGGCCCUCGAAAUGACUUGCUGAGUAGAAAUAACCUCAUGGGCGCGAUACGCCAUCAAUUUUCUCCUCGGCUCGCUUUGGAGGCUGCAGCACAUUUCUUAGACCCUCAGCUCGUUGUCGCAAAAGCGAGCUACGAAGAUAAUGACAAUACCCUAAAUUGCCGUGUGCAUUUCAUUCCUGCAUUCUGGAACCUUCUCCCUCCGGCUAGUACCGUUUCCUUCAGUCGUCGACUCUUCCGACACGCUUCAACGACGAAAGCGGCCGAUCAGCGAGUGGACGGCGAGCAAACCGAGAACGCCGACGCAAACAACAUCAUUGAAGACGUUUACAUGAUACGCCGCUCGAGGGACGUCUUGCGAGUCAUCAUCAUCCUAUUCCAGUUACAACUUCAUACCGAACGCGCCAAUCGACUCAAUAUCGCAGUCGAUGUCUCCUCUCGUGGUGCACACAUUUUACCUCUCUUAUUCGGCACUACGCGGAUGUUCUUGCGCACCGUCAAAUCGAAUCAGUUUUUCAGGCGAUACGGUCCUGACAUUCGUCCAGCUAAGGUUGCUAGCGUCCUUGAUGCUGCGUUCGACGUUGUUGUCCCCGAGUUUGGUAUCGAGAAGCGGUCCAUGUUGACCAAAUGCCUAACGAUGGACAUCCUUAGCCGGUUGACAGAGAACAGCGACGACGAGCACCUGAGGAAGGUUAAGCAGAACGCUGAGGCCCACGCAGUCAAAAUGGAAGUUGCAUCUCGCUCUGCGCAUGACGAGAAGGCCAUCUUUCAUGAGGAUGAUCAGACGCCGAUGAAGAUGAGAUUGAUUCAGGACAUCAAGGAGCCCAUGACCGCUCCCGUUAUCGCGACCGCUGAUUUGACCAAGAGCCCGCCCGCCAUCAAGGGGUAUGGUUUCUGUCGUUCCUUUUUCUUGCGCCCGUUGUCGUUCGAUAAACCAAACUUCAUGAUUGAGCGGUCUACUGAUGCUAGUCAGCCAGGCUAUCAGAAGCUUCCUCCGCCCAAGGGGACCAACCCUAGAAAACGGCUAGUCGUAGGCGCUGGCACACAUGCGUCCGUCUGGGACCCUCAUGCCAUCGUAAAAGAAGCUGGUUCAGAAGACCUAGCGACCAGAUUACGGCGCAGGCGGCAAUUAGAUAGCAGAGUCUGGCAAGAAGACAUUCUCUUCAAUUGUUUCAAAAGUCAAGGCGAAGAUACAGCAAUACGAUCAGGGCCAGGGAGCGUCCAGCUAAAUUCGGACUUCUACCCAAACGGCCUGUAUCACUUCUUCGGGAACAGCCCCAACCUACAGCGUACACACAGAGACGAUAGGCACGAUGGGUUGGAAUACGCGGAAAACCCAUUUGAGGAGAGGCGGUAA